AUGCUCGCACCAGCCCAGUACAUUGCCGGCGUUGGAACCAGCGACAUAAGUAACCUCGGAUUUCUCGCUUAUAACAUCCACAUGCAAUACAUGUGGUACAGAGACAUCAUCAACCCCAGCGCUCCAGAAAAUGUCGGCCCUCUCUGCCUACUCAUUCCUCACUUCAAUGUCAUCUACGCAAUCUCCUAUGUUGGCGGCGUCAGUUCUCGAAACCAUAUCUGGCUACGAUUCUAG